AUGUCCGCCGAAGCCAAGGCCAACGACUACCUGGCGCAGGGCGAGAAGGCGCUGAAGAAGACGUCCUUCUUCUCCUUCGGCUCCAGCUCGCAGCGCAAUGAGGACGCCAGCGACUUGUUCGAGAAGGCGGGCAACCAGUUCAAGAUCGCCAAGAACUGGCAGAAGGCUGCGGAGGCCUACGAGAAGUGCGCGCGAUGCCAAUCGCGCCUGAAUGAGAACUCGCGCGCUGCCCAGUUUUACCAACAGGCGGCCGAAGCUCUGGCGAAGGUGAACCCCAUGGACGCUAUGGUGCACUUCAAGACGGCGAUCUCCAUGCUGUGUGAUGCCGGUCGCUUCUCCAAUGCCGCCAAGCUGCAGAAGCAGAUUGGCGAGAUCUACGAGCAGCAGGACAACAAGGAGGAGGCGCUGGAGGCCUAUCGCCAGGCUGCCGACUACUUUUCUGGAGAGAACCAGUCGUCCUCGGCCAACAACAUGCUGCUCAAGGUGGCGCAAUUCUCGGCUGAGCUGGAAAAGUACGACGCGGCGCGCGAGAUUUACGAGACGAUCGCGAAGUCUUCCAUGGAGUCAAACCUGCUCAAGUUCAACGCCAAGAGCCACCUGCUGAAUGCUGGCAUCUGUGCACUGGCGACCAAGGAUAUGGUUCUUGUGCAGAUGAAGUGGGAGGAGUUCCAGGAUAUCGACUACACGUUCGCAGACAGCCGUGAGGGCAAGUUCCUGCAGGCCAUGAACCAGAGUUUCGAGGCUUUCAACGCCGACGCAUUUGCCGAUGCCGUGUUCCAGUUUGACACCAUUUCGAAGAUCGAGCCGUGGAAGAUUACACUGCUGCUGCGCAUCAAGGAGAGCAUUAUCGGCGAGGUCGACGUCGCGCAGGACCUGACCUAA